UACCGAACACGACGCCAUAUUGUAAUGUCAGGUUAGGUGAAGGUGGUGAAAGCACUUGCCUUUUUAUUUACUAAAGUUGUUAAAAUAAGCGUUUAUAAUAUAUUGUGAAUUGCUUAAAAUAUUAAGGCGCAGGGUGCACCGUUGCAUCCGCUAAACCAUGAGUUAUCAGAUACCAUCGUCACAGAGCAGGACAAUGUCUCACAGUAAUUAUGGUGGUUCUGAUGUGCCAAUGGCUCCAAGCAAAGAACAGCAGACUCUCAUGUGGCAGCAGAAUUCAUAUUUGGUGGAUUCUGGUAUCAAUUCUGGAGCAGCUACUCAGGUGCCAUCACUUACUGGCAAAGAAGAUGAUGAAAUGGAAGGUGAUCAACUCAUGUUUGAUCUGGACCAGGGUUUUGCUCAAGGGUUUACGCAAGAGCAGGUUGAUGACAUGAACCAGCAACUGUCGCAAACACGUUCACAACGAGUUCGUGCUGCUAUGUUUCCUGAAACUCUGGAAGAGGGUAUUGAGAUACCAUCGACUCAACUGGAUCCUGCUCAACCAACCGCAGUCCAGCGAUUAUCUGAACCAUCUCAGAUGUUGAAACAUGCUGUUGUCAACCUUAUUAACUACCAAGAUGAUGCUGAUUUGGCUACAAGAGCCAUUCCAGAGUUGAUAAAACUCUUAAAUGAUGAAGAUCAAGUUGUGGUAUCUCAAGCUGCAAUGAUGGUUCACCAGUUGUCUAAGAAAGAAGCAUCCCGCCAUGCUAUCAUGAACUCUCCACAAAUGGUUGCUGCUUUAGUUAGGGCAAUCUCUAAUAGCAAUGAUCUAGAAACAACUAAGGGCGCUGUUGGAACCUUACACAACUUGUCUCACCAUCGACAAGGUUUACUUGCCAUUUUCAAGAGUGGGGGGAUUCCUGCAUUGGUUAAACUUUUAAGUUCUCCAGUGGAGUCAGUGUUAUUCUAUGCUAUCACCACCCUCCAUAAUCUACUAUUGCAUCAAGAUGGAUCUAAAAUGGCCGUGCGUCUUGCUGGAGGUCUUCAAAAGAUGGUAGCAUUAUUGCAAAGAAAUAAUGUGAAAUUCCUAGCGAUUGUCACCGAUUGUCUGCAGAUUUUGGCUUAUGGAAAUCAGGAAUCGAAGCUAAUUAUUCUUGCCUCUCAAGGACCUAUUGAAUUAGUACGCAUUAUGCGUUCUUAUGACUAUGAGAAGUUGCUGUGGACUACCUCAAGAGUUCUUAAGGUUCUCUCAGUGUGCUCCAGCAACAAGCCAGCGAUUGUAGAAGCUGGUGGCAUGCAAGCUCUUGCCAUGCACCUGGGUAAUCCCAGUGGCCGUUUAGUACAAAACUGCCUUUGGACUUUGAGGAAUCUUUCUGAUGCUGCUACUAAGGUCGAAGGAUUGGAAGCUCUCCUUCAGAGCUUGGUCCAAGUGCUUGCUUCAACUGAUGUCAACAUAGUGACUUGCGCAGCUGGCAUACUAUCGAACCUGACUUGUAACAAUCAAAGAAAUAAGGUGACAGUCUGCCAAGCCGGUGGAGUAGAUGCGCUUGUACGCACCGUAGUGUCUGCUGGAGAUCGAGAGGAAAUAACUGAACCAGCUGUUUGCGCUCUACGACACCUCACCUCACGUCACGUCGAGAGUGAGAUGGCUCAAAAUGCAGUUAGACUACACUAUGGAUUGCCGGUGAUAGUGAAGCUGCUGCAGCCGCCAUCACGCUGGCCGCUGGUGAAGGCCGUGGUGGGGCUGGUGCGCAACCUGGCGCUGUGCCCCGCCAACCACGCGCCACUGCGCGAGCACGGCGCCGUGCACCACCUCGUGCGCCUGCUGCUGCGCGCCUUCAACGACACGCAGCGGCAGCGCGGCUCGGCGGGCGGCGGCGGCGCGGGCGGCGCGUACGCGGACGGCGUGCGCAUGGAGGAGAUCGUGGAGGGCGCGGUGGGCGCGCUGCACAUCCUGGCGCGGGAGGGCCUCAAUCGCACGCUCAUCCGCCAGCAGAACGUCAUCCCCAUCUUCGUGCAGCUGCUCUUCAACGAGAUCGAGAACAUACAGCGUGUAGCAGCUGGAGUCCUCUGCGAACUUGCUGCAGACAAAGAAGGGGCUGAAAUGAUAGAAGCUGAAGGCGCUACGGCGCCACUUACCGAGUUACUUCAUUCGCGUAACGAAGGAGUAGCAACAUAUGCUGCCGCGGUACUGUUCCGCAUGUCUGAAGAUAAGCCUCAUGACUACAAAAAGAGACUCUCUAUGGAGUUAACUAAUUCUUUGUUCCGUGAUGACCAUCAGAUGUGGCCCAACGAUCUCACCAUGCAGCCUGAUUUGCAAGAUAUGCUCGGGCCAGAGCAAGGCUAUGAGGGUCUGUACGGGACGCGGCCCUCCUUUCACCAGCAAGGCUACGAUCAAAUACCGAUAGACUCAAUGCAGGGCCUCGAGAUAGGUAGCGGGUUCGGUAUGGACAUGGACAUCGGCGAAGCUGACGGCGCCGGGACCGCGUCCGACAUCGCCUUCCCGGAGCCGCCGCACGACAACAACAACGUCGCUGCCUGGUACGACACCGACCUGUAGACUACCACACAACAAUCAUUCGUUUCGACUGUGUUCACGGGUAGAGACAUAUUAUUGACUUGACCACAGAACUAUUUAAAAACACAUAAAUCUUAAAAGUACAACUCUCUCUAACACUCGUCUAACACUUAAUCAUUUUGUUAUGCUAUCGAACAAUUGACAUAAUAUCUAAACGCAUUAAAAACUAUUUAGAAGAACAUCGGAUACCAGAUUCAUAUGAAAUCAAUGUAUGUCUCUAUCUUUUAUUGAAAUUGUUUGUUAAACUUUCAUUUUUUUAUGAUACAUCAUGUACAAUAAUUGUUACUAUCUUGUAUAAUAAGUUUAAGAUCUUAAUGCAUUAACUUCAUACAGUUAUCCAAAAAAAAGGUUUCCUUAAUGAAACAUAAUAUAAACAAUUUAAUUCUGUGAUAAAUUAGAUUCGGACAUAUCAAUAAUGGCAGCUUUCAAAAACAUGUUUUAUAUGAUAACAUUUGAAUGGAAUAUUACACGUUAAAUGUCAAAAGUUACAAGGGUGCUAUGUUUGAGAUAUACAAAUGAGACAUGUUUAUUCGCAACACUAUUACAAAUCAAUACGUUGCCCUGCAUUGGUUAUAUCGAAUUUUGUACGCGAACGUAUGAAAUGCGUGUAAUCGGAAAAUAGGGUAUACUUUAAUAUUUAAGAUAUAAAUAGGCUUUAAAAAUAAUAUUUUCUAGCGUUAUUAAGUAAUUUGAUUUUUAUCUAAUACGUGCAUUUAAGAAAUUUGUAGUGCGGUUUAUACUUGUUAUUAUAUUAUUGGCUGAAUGACUUUUUUUUUAUUUAAAUGACGCAUAAGACUGUUUGAUUGUGUAAGGAGUUGUAUUUUAUAUUCACGCUUGACUGCCAUUUUGUUUUUAUUUCGACAUUACUUGAAUACGUGUACACUUAAAUACUUUAUAAGAAGCAUAUCACUUCAGAAAUAUUGUUUUAUGUUAAAAGAUAAGCAAAGAACGUUCCUACGUUCUUUUUUUUGUCAUUAUUCAAAUUUUUAAUCGAUUCUUCAUUCGAAAUAUCGAUUAAACAACUUUGACGAUUUCCGAUUUUAACCUUAUAAAAAACAUAUUUCAUUGAAAGUAAAUAAAUGUCAUAAAGUGUUUAAGUGGACGCAUAUAUCGAUUAGAAUUAGAAUUUUUUAAUAUUUCAUUAAAAAAAAUACGAAUAAUACUAGGAACAUGUAUUCGAGAAUGAGUUCUCUGUUAGAUGCUAAUUAGAGAUUGAACAAUAUAAUUAUAAUGGAAUAGGAAGUAGUUCGACAUUCAUAUAAUGCCGUGUUUUUAUGUCAGUAAAUUACUAUACUCGUGGUAUACAAUUUUGGGGACGAGAUAUCUGAUAAUUUUCCAACUUUGGAUAUACAAUUUCGUAUUUAUUGAAAGAUACGCCGUGUCUUAUUGAAAUAGCGAUAGAUUUAAAGCGAUUGAUGAAGGUAAGAAAGACGUUAAUCUUUUAUUGAAUACAUAAAGAUAUUAAUAACGUCUCUUAUAUGUUAUAUUCAAAGAUAAAUUUAUCAAUGUUUCAUUGAGAUAUUGUGCGUAGAAUAAUUUCAUUAUUAUAAUAGUACUAUCUGUCUAUUAUGUAUCUAAAUGAAAAUAUAUCAAGAACUUAACUGAAUCGUUUAAAUAUUCGUUGUAAAAUUCAGAACUCUAUUCCCAAUCUAAUAUUUAGUAACCGUUUAUUUGUUGAUGUUAAGGUGUGUACACAAUAAAACCAAUGAUGAUUAGUGCCAAAACAAAACGAUUACUAUUUAUUUACGUAUGGUAUAAAUGUGUUUAGUCUUUUGAAAUAAGCCUUAAUUUGUAUGGAAGGAGAAUUAACGUAUUUCAGAUCUUGCACUGGCAACACUGUUCUAUAUUUAAGGCUUAGUUCAAACGAAAUCCGAUCUUAAUUCGUUAUUCAUUUGCGUAUAUUAAAGUGUAUACCCACCUUAACAAAAUCAAGGUUUUUUUAUCCUAUAAGUUAAUUAUGAUAUUGAAAUGUUUAGGAGAUGCACACUAACGUAACAACAUACACUUAGUAGAAUUAGAUUAUUGUAACCGUCUAAAUGUAAGAUUUUAGUAUUAUCGUGUAAUUCCUUUUAGGGUCCUCGUAUAUAAUUUUUCUAUUUGAUAUUUUAAGUACCUUUACCAAUGUUUUUAUACUAAUUCGACUAUGAAGACAUUGCUGAAGUUUGAGGUUUUGUGUCCAUUUAUCUAUGGAUAAUAAAUUAAAAUUAAAACGA